AUGGCUAGCAUAUAUGAAAUAUGUAAAUAAGCACUUGAUUAACAAAAAAAACAACAAAAUGGUGAAUUAUUAGAGUUUAAUCUUGAAGAUGUUGAGAUUGUGAGAUUGGAUGAAUUGACCUCUGAACUACUUGAAUCUCAAUAUCAGCUAGAAACUUUAAUCUUUACCAAUUGUUCCUUAAAGACACUUGAGGGAUUUCCUAGAUUACGUAAUUUAAAGUAUUUGUUUUUGGAAACAAAUUAAUUAGAUAAAGAGGCAAUUAAAUUUGUUGCCAGCACAUAUCCAAAAUUAUUCUUAUUAAGCUUUCAUGAAAAUCAAAUUAAAACAUUUGAUGUAUCUUAUUAUAAAUAUUAUUAUUAGGAAUUGGAGCCAAUCAAGAAAAUGAGGGUUUUAAAAUAAUUAGAUUUUUCUCAAAAUCCUAUUGAAAAAGAAGAAGGAUAUUUCUAAAGGGUUUUUGAUUUACUACCUAAAUUGAUAGUAUUAGAUAAUAAAGAUAAAAAUGGAAAUGAUAUGGUAUAUAGUGAUAAUGAAGAUGGUGAUUCAUGACAG